CACUGAUCAAACAUUGACUGUUGGAGUGCAGCAACAAGCUGCCAGCAAUGUUGCGAUUGUCCGGCUGGCGGAUAGGGAGGCAUAUCUUUAGAUGGGCCGAUGCCUCAAUUUGUCUUCACUGGAAAGCAUGUCGAAUACAUCCAGUGGGUCCAGCAUCCGUCCUCUUUCUCCUCAGUGGCAGUACAUGGCACCAGCAGGCCUUUUGCGACACCAAGGAGAGUGAGCAGGGAGCAAGCGCAAUCCAGGAAGAUCAUGAUAGCGAUGAUGAUGAGGACUUUGACUUCAACUUUGCCAAGCCACCAGUUGUUUCAGCGCCAUUGGAUUUGCACUUCUCAGUGCAAGUCAAACCCUCCGAGUCGGGCCGACGUCCGACAGCUGAAAUCUGCAUGACAUCCACCUUUUCCUUGCCAGUUGAGAGAGGCUGGCCUCGUGACCGACUCUCGCCAGAGGAGGUGGCAGAAUCCAUGGCAGAGGUCCUGGCAGAUCGAUUACCACGCUUCGCUGCAGAGUUUUGGCAGCUGGAAUUGGUAGGUGCUCCAUUGCAGCUUCGGGGAUACAAACAAUGGCCUUCUGACAAGUUCAUUGAGAUUCGCCGUUCCUGGCUUUUUUGGGCACUGAGUCAGCCAUUGACCUUGCGUCGACUGCCCAGUCAGAUUGGAUUCGACCUCGGUGAGUCGGGUCGAUUGAACAUUCUUUGUGAUCCUGUUGGAGUGACUGGAUUGAACAUUCCAAACGAUCAAGAUGAGAGGAUUGACCUACGCCUAACCACGCGUCUGGCCGGCUUUCCAGUCUCUGGGCCCAUGUGGGGAUGGCUCGGAUGCGGGGGCCGAUGGUGGUUUGAGCAAUUCCGACUACCUGCGGUUCGCCAGCUGUUGAAAGCCUACCAUGAAAUGGUACACGAACAAAUGAUGUUGUACUACAUUGCUGCUUUGAAGAGCUAA